UUUUGACUUUUGUCAAUGUCAUUCAAACAUAAACACAAACAUUUAGGCAAGAAAUUAUUUAUCCAACAUUAUUUAUACAUUAUUUACACAGAUAAUUAUCAUCAAAAGCAAAUAUGGGUGACGGGAAAUGCACGUUCGGGACUCGUCCCCCAGUCGAUCUGCAGAUGCUCAACGAGAAGAUCAACCGGGAGGUGAAGCACUUUAGGAACUACAAGACUUACCGGCCCAACUUUGGAUCUCUGCCUGUCGCCACAAAGUUCUACGCGCGGCACGAUCAGCUCAAGGACGAAUCAGAAGAGCAGAUAAAAAAGAUCGCCGGCUAUGCCUACAACGUGGCCCAGACGAGGGCCAAGGGACCACACAGCAAGUACCCUGCACCCGUCAUCGAGAGCCAUGUAUACGGCUGGUAUACAAACCCUCUUGUGCCCAUGGACCGUAACGACACGCGUUUCUACCACCCGAAGAAGGAGAGCACCCACACCAAGAUAGAGGUCAUCAUUCGCAUGUGCAACCCCAAGAAGGGUUAACACCACAGACUACACACACACCGCGUUAUGAAGAG